CACUGAGCUUGACACGUCCACGUUGGAAUUCAGCAAACCAGCGACAAAUUGUGGUUUUCGAUGGGCUUCAUCAGCAAAUGCAGAAAUCAUCCGGUCAACACACUGUUUUUGUGUUAAACCGCUUUGAAAGUCAUAAUAAAUCAUCGCUCUUGAAUUUUCUCGAGUCAAUUCCAUUUUCUCAACGACUAAACAAGUUUGACAAAACCUUGUGACAAGACCGAGAAUCUUUUUUUAAAUAAAUAAAUGGUAUUCGAUUUUUAAAACCAAGAGGUUUUCAAUUAAAAAGAUUUUAAUAUGACAGGAACAGUGGAAAUAUUCCAUUCCCGAUACUUUUAUUGCAGCCUAUGUACACAAGGUCUCCGAUGUAUAUGCCGUAUGAUGAAAUGAUUAAAAAAAAUACAUUAGCAUCUUCGAUAGAUUAACGGCCAAAUACUCAUUCAAUUUUAAGAGGUCAUUAAGUCUCAUGGUGUCACAGACACUUUGACUUGUACGAAAUUUAACGGCACCUUAAAAUUGAUCAGCGUUUGAGUAUUUGGGCAUAAGCACCGCAAAAUUUAAUUCUUCGAUUUCUUUACAGGGGUUGUGUUAUACUUCACGCUGCCACGUCACGAGUUCGGACGUGUCCAGACGGUGCUGUUCCCCGUGUACUACGCCUUCAACGCCGUGGUCAGCCUGCUGGCUCUGCUCGCGUACUUCCGCACGCAAUGUCUCACGCACUUCCAACACACGUCCUGGAUACAGCUAGCACUCCUGCUAGCAGUGUUCAGUAUAGAGGCUUACGUACGACUGUGCUUGGUGCAGCCGAUGCUGCGCGCCAAGCACGUGAAGACGCAGAUGGAGGAAGCGGCGGGAGGCGGCCAAGAGGUCGGACGCUUAGUGCUGGGCGAGCUAGCUCACUGCCCCCGCUAUCUCCGUGUCUUGAAGAUGUUCCGCGCCUAUCACUCCACCAUAGCAAUGGGCACUAUGAUAGCUCUCGGCUGCUCGUUUUACUCCACUAUGAUCCUCGUUGACUCCAUGUGCCAUUAGAAAAGAAGCAGCUAUAUAACAUUGAGGGAAACUUAUAAUAAAAAAAAUAAAGACCCAAAAAGUCACAACGUUUUAUAAUUUCCUUAUCUGUGACGUUCAUGCUAUUUGUAUCGUUUCGUGGAUUCAUGUUGUUUUUCGUAGUGUAAAAAGCAAGAUGUAAAUAAAUUAAUAUCAUUAUAACAAUUUUAUCAUCGAUAGUUGUUCCAUGGUCGUUAAUGUAAUAUAUUUGUAUAUCAUUAAAAUACAAAUGAAACUUGUAACAAAAGAAUUGCAUAAUAUUAAAUAUUGGAGUAUAAAAUAACCGGAAAUAAAAUAAAAUAUUUCUAUCUAUCGUACACUUGCACACAUAGGACUUUAUGUUUUAAACUUAGGAAUCUAAUUUGUUUAGAUUUCUGCACAUGGUAUUUGCUUCAAUAAACUCUUGUUUAUUCUGAAUCAUGUUGUCGUAUUUCUUUAUUAAAGUGUUUGUUUUUUUUAUAUAUGUCAUUAUAAAACAAAUUUUAAAAAUAUAUACCUAUAACGAAAGUGCUCGAUUAGUAAAACUUAUAUCUAUGUUAAUGGUGCAUUUCACAAAUGUAAUUAUAUAUUUUACUAUUUAGAUCCAAACUCAGGCUGUGAAGUCUGUAUUUGAUAUUAUAUUUUAGCUAGUUAGUGUUUUUUUUUUAAAUAAUUUAUUGGUGAGAGUGAUCAAUAUAACGCUGUUCGCAUAAUGUAUUCCUCAUGGAAUACGUGCUUACAUCGUUUGAAAUUGUAUUGUUGUGAUAAUAAAGAUUUAUCGAUUAUUAAUGCACUCGAAAAUAAAAUAGAUUAUUUAUAAUAACUACUAGUUAGUCAAAAUAUGUUUGUCUCUUCGAAUACGAUAUUUUAGGGCACAUGCAAUCUUGCCAAUUGUAUUCUUAAAAUAUCUAAUAUCGUUUAGCAGCCCUUAACAAUUGAAACUGAACUCAAAAGCUGCCGAUAAAUUCAAGUAGUCUGUUUUCCUUAUUCCUACAGGAAUGCCAUAAAGUUAGUGUUAAAUAGAUAGGAGUUAAGAUUUUUUAUCGAUAGUUCUUAAUCGUUCUAAAACAAGAAUUUACGAAACUAACAAUGCUUGUUGUUUUAAUACUAGCAUAUUCGAAGAAACCAAAGGUUUUAUAAAUGUCAUUAAUCACCCUGAACACUGUUUAAUAAAUUGAAAAUUGCCAAGUGCCGGCCGUCGUUGAUUGCAGUCGGUGAUUGUUAAUAGUUUUAUUUUAUUGUUGUGCAGCAAGAUCUAGUCAGCAAUAAAUCGAUUGUGCUCGUAAAGUCGUGGUAAAUUGCAUUACGUUCCGAUGAAGUUGGACCUUACACUCCUUUUGAUCAUCAUUAUCUGCGAUGUGCAGUCAAGCAGCUUGCCAAUACGGCCGGAACUGUAAAAAAAUAUGUUAGCUGUUAUAAAUUGUAUUGUAUUAUAUGAUUGUAACAAUAUUUAAUCAUUAGUUAGGUUUUUUUUACUACAAUGAUCUGAAUGCUAUCGUGUAAGAUAUCGUUAUUUAUUCGAGAGAAUGAUUAAAAUGUCAGAAGUGUGAAAUAAACGUUCUAAAAUAAUUUGAAUAUUUACCUU